AUGUAUCUCAACCAACCCAAGAAGGCACAAUUCCUUACCGUCCCUUUCUCUGCUCGCUCGCUCGCUCGCUCUCCCUUCACUUCUCCCAACGACCAAAACCCUCGCUCCGCCCGCCGGCACCGGGUUCCGGCGAAGCAGGCACCAAGCAGCGUGGUGCUGCUGGAGGAGCUCGUGGAGGAGGUCCUCCUCCGCCUCCCGCCGGCGGAUCCCGCGAGCCUCUUCCGCGCCGCCCUCGUCUGCAAGCCCUGGUGCCGCAUCAUCUCCGACCGCCGCUUCCGCCGACGAUUCUCUGAGUUCCACCGCUCGCCCCCCAUGUUCGGUCUCCUCUGCAAUUUCAGAGACCAAGACGGCGACUAUGUCUCGCACCUCCUCCCCACCUCCUCCGCCUGCCCGCUCUGCGUCGACCACAACUGGCGCGCGCUCGACGCCCGCCACGGCGGGGUCCUCCUCAGCUUGCUCUUGGGUCUCUACCUAAGCGUCUGGGACCCCAUCAUGGACGGGUGGCACCGACUGCCCCCGGUGUUAGACGUUUGGCGCCAUCGCCUUCGCCGCCGCCACUGGACCGCGCCUCCACAUCGCUGCUACCUCGUCAGCGGUGCCAUGGCCGCGACUGCCUCUCGAUGA